AUGACGUUGUGUACUAUGAAUGAAAUCAGGAAGCUUCAGCAUACCACCCCUUCAUGUUACUCUCACUCUGAAAUGUCUGCAUUGAUGGAAAUGAAUAAUCAGUUGAAUGAGAAAAUAUUUGAUAGACAGCAGAAAUCAAUUAAAACGAUGCUUCAAUCCAUAAAGAUGACUGAGAGAAGUUUUUGUAACGUGUACAAGAUCAACAUUCAAAAGUAA